AUUUGGGGUCAAAGUUCGUGUCGGUGAUCUCAGCAGACGCUUUACUCUCGGUUAGCUAAUGGCUGAAUUAGACAUCGGGAAGCAUUGCCAGGUUGAUUCCUGCAAUCUGAAAGACUUUCUGCCAUUUGUUUGUGAUUCCUGCGGUGGUGUUUUCUGUCUCGAGCACAGAAGCAGAGAUGGACACUCAUGUUCAAAGGAGUCAGUAAAAAGGGAAUCCGGGACAGCGGGUGGAACUACAAGUUAUCCGUGCUCAUUUGAAGACUGCAAGGGAAAAGAAUUGUUACCAGUUAUAUGUCCGCAGUGUGAAAAGCAUUUCUGUUUGGCCCACCGUCAUCAAGAUGAUCACAAGUGUGAGAAGCUGGAAGUCCAAAAGCCUCGAAUGCAAGCCACCAAAGAGCUGGUGCAGAAGAUUGUAGAGUCAAAAGAUGGAUCCAAAAGUAAAGGGCGCAGAGGAGCAAAGAACAGUGCAACCGCAGCAAAGGUGGCACUGAUGAAGCUGAAGUUGCAUGCUGCAGGAGACAAGGGGCUGCCGCAGACAGAGAGAACCUACUUUCAGGUCUAUCUUCCUAAAGAAUUUAAAGACUCCAGCAAGCCCAUGUUCUUCUGUUCCAAAUGGAGCGUGGGGAAAGUGGUGGAUUAUGCAGCCUCUUUGGCUGGCCUCAAGAACAACAAUAACGUGCUGACGGCUAAGAAGCUGCGGUUAUGUCAUCCUCAGACAGGCGAGGCUUUUCAGAUGGAUGACACCCUGCUCUCUCUGUUGGCUCACCCAGAAACUCCUCUGUAUAAUGGGGGAAAUGUGAUUCUGGAGUAUCUGGACAAUGAGUGCACAGUCCUGAAUGAUAUUUCUGACUAUAUCACACAGAACUGACCAGUCAGAUCAAAUCCAGACACUGUGUGAAGUUUGUAUUUAUGCAAAUAAAUUGCCAUUUUAUAAA